AUGGGCGACCAACUCCCAAGCGGCGCAAAAACUCCUAGACGGAACACCCUCUCGCUGACCGAGUACACUGCUACUCCCUCUCCUCCCUCCAAGUCAGAGGAAUGUCCGCCAGAAUGGGACAUCCCCGAGGGCUUCCUGCUGCCAAACGGAUACCCAGAUUACAUACGGCUCAUUCUGACAUCUCGAGUAUAUGAUGUGAUUCAAGAAACGCCUCUUACACAUGCUGUCAACCUCAGCAACCCGCUAGAAUGCAAGAUCAUGCUGAAGCGGGAGGAUCUCCUGCCCGUCUUUAGCUUCAAGCUCCGGGGUGCCUAUAACAAAAUGGCCCAUCUACAGGGAGAGAAGCGGUGGAAAGGAGUCAUUGCUUGCUCUGCUGGAAACCAUGCGCAGGGUGUUGCAUACUCUGCACGCCAUUUAAAAAUCCCAGCGACAAUCGUCAUGCCAUCAGGCACCCCGGCAAUUAAACACAAGAACGUCUCAAGGCUAGGUGGGACGGUCAUCCUUCACGGACAAGACUUUGAUGCUGCGAAGGAAGAAGCGCAGAGGCUCGAGAAGCUCCAUCACCUCACCAACAUCCCGCCGUUCGAUGACCCACAAGCAAACUUACAAAACCUAGAAGCUGUCUUUUGCUGCGUUGGAGGAGGCGGUCUGAUCGCCGGUAUAGGUACCUACAUCAAACGCAUUGCGCCCAACGUCAAGGUUAUAGGAGUCGAGGCUGUUGAUGCCAAUGCCAUGAAACAAUCUUUGGAGACCGGAACACGCAUCACACUCAAAGAGGUUGGCCUAUUCGCCGAUGGUGCUGCCGUACGAGCAGUUGGCAAGGAGACUUUCCGGCUCUGCAGAGAGGUGGUAGACGAAAUCAUCGAGGUAUCAACUGAUGAGACCUGCGCUGCAAUCAAGGAUAUGUUCGAAGACACUAGGUCAGUCGUCGAGCCUGCGGGAGCCCUGGCACUAGCUGGCUUGAAGAAAUACAUAUCGAAAUACCCUUCAAGGAAUUCAAACAGAGAGCUAGUCGCUGUUGCGUCCGGAGCGAAUAUGAACUUCGAUAGGCUUCGUUUUGUGGCAGAGCGCGCCGGUCUUGGAGAAAAGAAAGAAGCUUUGCUACGUGUUUCUAUUCCCGAGCAGCCUGGCGCCUUUGCCAAACUUAUAGAUAUUGUAAUGCCGCAUUCUGUCACAGAGUUCAGCUACCGGUACUCUGGCAAGGAAUUCGCCGAUAUCUUCAUGGGAAUAUCACUUUCCACGUCAUCAGAUGCCCAUGAAUUGCAAGCCCUGGCCGCUCAGAUUCGAAAUGGGGGCAUGGAAGCAUCAGAUUUGAGCAACGAUGAGCUUGCAAAAACACAUCUUCGGUAUCUUGUUGGUGGACGCACAAGUACCCCAGACGAAAGAUUGUUCAUGUUUGAGUUCCCUGAACGUCCCGGCGCUUUGGAGAAAUUCCUCACUACCCUUCGCCCAAAUCAAAAUAUCACUCUCUUCCACUAUCGAAACUUUGGAGGGGAUGUUGCUAAAGUCCUCGCUGGUAUCCAGUGCCCACCUGAUGAAAGAGAAGCUCUUGGCGCGUUCCUUCACGAUCUCAGCUAUCCUUUCACCGAGUGUACGGAAUCGCCGGUAUAUCAAAUGUUCCUUAGGCAAUAA